AGGACAUCAGGACCUGGAAAGCCGACAGACAACGUGGAAGCUAGAAGAGGGAAGAAAACAUUUCUCUCUGUGAUUGUGCUUGGAAUAUGCUACAGAAAUGUCAGAGAUAAAAAAGAAAACCACUAGAGUUUCUCUGACCAUCAGUUCCCUGGUUAACGAAACCUCCAAUAUCAAAUCAAGUUAUUCUACCUUAGUUCAACCAUUGUGUAUUGACCCCCAAAGGAUGCAGAGUCCCUGCAGCAGCCUGUCCGGAUCUACCUGUGUUGCCGCCCCUGUGUUCACCAAGCAUCUUCAAGACAUUUCGACAACCAGCGGUCAGUUUGUUGCAUUUGAAUGCCGAGUCCAGGCAACAACCACAGUUCAAAUUCACUGGUACAGAGAAAAAGAGCAGAUAGCAGACUCUGAGGACUUCCAGAUUCUGAGGAGAAAGGCUUCUUUAUCAUCCAUUCCUGAGGAAGUCUGCACCUUGAAUAUCACAGAAGCAUUUCCUGAAGACUCUGGGGAAUUCAAGUGCAUUGCAGAAAAUGAAGCUGGGACUGCAGUUUCCACAGCAAGACUCUUUGUUUCCCCAGGAGGAAAAGAAGUAGAGAAAUCAGAGAGUUCUUCAAAGUCACCCAUGAGUAAACUUGCUCCAAAACUGGCCUCUUUUCCCUGGAUCAGUGAUAGCCACACAAAGGACAAAAAAACAGAUGAUACUCCAAUGAACAUUAUUUCAACUAUUCCUGAACCAGACCGUCACAGUGAACAUAAGAUCCAGGUUCCAAAGGAGGAUUUCUCCAGUGAAAAUUCCUCUGAGCUACAACCACAAUGGUAA